AUGUACAAUUACAAGUACAAUUUUGAACAUAACUCUUAGCAUACGAUUGGGGAGCAGAUGCUGAUUCCAUUGAUGAUCAGAAAACUAAGCUGUCUUUACAUUGAGAUAAAAAACCUGAAUGAUGCUCACUUAGAAAUUAAGAGUCAGCAUCUUGAACCUGAAUUUGGAUAAAUGGGUGAAAUGGCUAUUAGACCUGUCAGAAUGUUUUCGUUAGUCAACGGCAAAGAAGUUGGCAUUCCCAUUACAAGGUUAGGAAAGAAUCAAUCUGUUCAUGUUCGUUGUCAUGCACUCAAAGGCUUUGGUAAAAUGCAUCAACAUUCAGGCAUGAAGCGGUUAUAAUUUAAAAAUAAAUCUUAUGCAGAACUCAUUAUCGAUCAUGUCUAAGCACAAUCCUUGUCACUUUUUGAAAAACAGUCAAUCAGAGAUUCUUGUCCCGUGAAUGUUUUUGCCAUGGAUGCCAAUUAAGAACUUAUUGUCUAUGCUAUUGAAAAGUGUGUGUUCUGUGAAGAAUGCAUUCGUAGUGCUAAAUCCAUGAAGAAACCAAGAUUGAUAAAAUGCAACAUAAAAAAAUAAAUAUAUCUUCACUCCGUUGAUAUCGUAAAAUAAGUCUUGAUUGUUUUGAGAAAGAAAGUAGAUGAAAUAUCUUAAGAUCUUAGUUUUGCCUAAUAAUACUAACAGGUUUGAAAAUUAAUUUUAUUAUUGUCUAGUAUAUAUAU